CCUCUGGGCACCAGACACGGGCAUCUCUGGAAGGCCAGGCUUCUCACCGUCCAGGGGGUGGCCACCAGGAAGACGUUCCCUGGCCCCGAACGCUGAGAUAGCCCGUGCGUACCAGGCUGCCCGGACCACAAAUCCUCAAUUGGGCAUAGAGCAAUCUGUAAUCUGUCUGUUCUGUCCUUCCAGGCUUUGCGUGAGGUCCAGAACGCUGUGCGCUCGGUCCUGAAAGCUGCGGGGAAAGAACCAGCCCCUGCAACCUCAUCGGACGCCCUGUCACCGGGAGACUGGGUCCUCACUCGCAAGCUUCCAGCUGGACCAGCCCUGGAACCACGGUGGACGGGCCCGUAUCAAAUUAUCCUCUGCAACCCCUCUGCCGUCAAGGUUGCCAGCCGCAAGGCAUGGAUACAUCGGUCACACAUCAAGAAGGCCCCAGAGCCCAACUCCACCGCCUGGACAGCAGAAGCAGUGUCCGACCUAAAGCUUCGACUCUCCAGAACUUGACUCUUCUUCUCUUUCUUUUUGCUUGUGAGGUGACUUUGGGUGACCCCUAUAGCCCUACCCCAUCCAGGUGGAUUCUCUCCCGAACUAACGAUGGGACCACCGUCCAAGCUCUCACCAGUUACGGAGCCCCCACUUUCAGGUUUGACCUCUGUGCCCUCUUGGGACCAGGAUGGAAUCAAAACCGGGCUAUGCGGGACCCUAUCGCUGGGGGAUGGGGAUACUGCCCCACUUUUCCCACCACUCCAACCAUACCCGGGGUAGGGGAAGUGAGAAUCAGAAGUAUUGAAUUCUAUGUUUGUCCGGCCACGGGGAAUCCUUCCUGUCAGGGUAGUAAUCACUUUCACUGCGCAGAAUGGGGUUGUGAGACUGUGGCCAGGUGGAUUCCUAGAGGUGGCCGAGACCCCCUAAUCACCCUGGAGAGACAAAGCCCCCUCCCCGCCUCCUGCUGGCCUGGGAAAUGUAACCCUAUGAUUCUAACAGUCAAGCAGGACACUGAUGACUCUUGGAAUCUCGGACAUUCUUGGGGUCUGAGGUUAUACAUGACUGGAUGGGAUAACGGGGUCCUUUUUACCAUUCAGAAAAUCGCAGUUUCCACCCAUACACUCCCCAUAGGACCGAAUCCCAUCCUUAACCCACAAGCCAUGUUGACUCUCACCCCACCAUCUGUUAGGGACCUGGUACCAGAGGCUCCCGAAAAUCCAGAGACCCUCACUAACCUAGGUUCCCCCAUUUUUGAUACACUCUCUGCUGUCCACUCAUUCCUAAAUUUGUCUGAUCCAAACAUAACCACCUCCUGUUGGCUGUGUCUGAAUCCAGCUCCCCCCUAUUUCGUAGGAAUUGCUAUCGAACUCAACAUCACCUCUGUGGGAAAGUUGUCUUUAAGUAAGUCCAAACAAUCCUCUGCCAUACCUGCCCGCUGUAACCCAGACAAGCCUAGACUUACCCUAGACGAUGUCCAGGGCAAAGGAAUGUGUUUGCUCGGGCCUGACUACCCGCUGCGGUCCUCCCCAUUCAAUGCUACAUGCACUUCAGUCAUUCUUAUUUCCCCCACAUCCAAAAGCUCUGACCUCCUGUUAACCGCCCCACCUGGAGUAUGGUUCGCUUGUACCAGAGGACUCACCACCUGCAUACAGGACAUUCGUUUCCUCAACCCGACCGAGCUCUGUGUAGUGGUGCGUGUCUUUCCUCAGGUAUAUGUCUACUCAGAGGAAGGGGCAGCUGAGCAUAUUGGCUUAACUCGCUCCAGGAGGGCUGUACCCUUUUUGGUUCCCAUACUGGUGGGACUCGGAGUGGCCGGCUCCGCUGCUGUUGGGGCCUCAGCCCUGAUACAGGGGAAAGCCAACUACGGUGCCUUGAGUGCACAGGUAGAUAGGGACCUACGCUCCUUGGAAGAGCUAGUCUCACACCUUGAGACUUCCCUAGACUCUCUGGCCGAAGUGGUUCUCCAGAACCGCCGAGGCUUGGACCUACUGUUCCUCAAACAGGGAGGCUUAUGCAUGGCGUUGGGAGAAACCUGCUGUUUCUACGCCAAUCGGUCUGGAGUUAUUCGGGAGUCCUUGCAAGCCUUUAGGCAGCGGUUAGAUGAGAGGGACCGCGCACGGGCAACGGGGUCUUUUUGGUGUCAGACCCUAUAUAAUUGGUCCCCCUGGCUAACCACCCUACUCUCCGGAGUGGUGGGCCCUCUGGCCAUUCUCCUCCUUGGGUUACUCGUGGCCCCUUGUCUCAUAAAAUGCAUCACCCGCUAUGUCCAGAAACGAGUGCAAGCACUCCAGUUGUUUGUCCUGCGUCAAUCCUAUGCUCCUCUGGACUCUGAUGAGUCCCCCGUCUGA